AUGACACAUAUGUUGAAUCUGAACCCGACUGCGAAAACAGUAGCGGGAGCGGGAAUGUUCAGUGAUUUGAUUUAUCCCAAGAGAGACGGUUCCAGUGGCUCAUCAGCAUCUGCUCAAGAACAUCUCCCGCCUGCACAACAAGUAGUGUCUGCUCUCAGCCAAGAUCCGGCAUACAGUGUAGUGCAGAAGGAGAUGCCCUACCUCAACGUACUUCACAAGUUGCUAACCUCGGGCAACAAUGGCGGAGUAAAUUGGGACGAGGCUACUUUGAGUGCAGAUUAUGUUCUUCAGAUGCUGCAGGACGCGGCUCACAACUUCAAUGACGUCUCAAGUUCCGACGGUCAACCAAGCAAGAAUCUCAAGAGUAUACUAGCCACUACUUCUGAGAUAUCUGGCACAUUGGUGCCGGAAGCGAAGAAGGGUGUGGCUAUGGGCAAUAAAUUUCCGCAGGCGGAUAGUGCGGAUGUGAAAGGCUGGCAAGCCCGAGUUCAAGAAUCGUACAAACAAGCACAACAGAUGACUGCCUUUGCAAGGGCUCUUCCUGGAGGCUCACCUGUCGGGUCGACUCUGAUGGCUAUUCCCCUCGACCCUAACGAGGUCAUCGCAAAAAGCAACGUCAAAAGCGCCCAGGCUCAAGCUACCCCGGACGCAAUCAAGAAUCGGUUGUUGACGGCUCAGGAUUGUUACAUAAAGACAAAAAUGCUUUACAACAACAGCAUCAAACUCGCCACGGCGCAGAAAGAGAAUUUGAUUGCCACACAGACUCAGCUCAAACGACUCAAUGAGAAAAAUGCCGGCAUCGAAGAGAUCAAGACGCUUCUCGAAUCUUGUAUUAACGUUACGAUCGAGGUCAAGACCCAAAUCAUGAACUUGGUGAUCCUCCUCAGAUCAGUCUCAGCGACCAUCGAAGAGGUGACAAAGUUCAUUGCUGCUCCAUUCAUCAAGCAGAUUCAGGCAAUAGAGACGCGCGGCGACCAAACGAAAACUAUCGGGCCAUUUUCCUUGAUCGAUCUACAGAGAUCGCUUGUCUACUCAUCUGCUACAAUGAUUUGCAGCCACUACUCCGUUGUUGGCGACAUUGCCGCGAUGUGGGCCCGAUUGUCAGGAAACGACAUGCAGCCGGGGUUUCAACUGCUGGAUGAAAUUUUCAGCACGAAGAAUGAUUUAUCAAAUCGGCAAGCCUGUCAAACCCUGCUAACUUGGGCUGACAAGGCUAUCGGUGAUAUUCAAAACUUCGCUGAAGAGUUCAACAGGAAGAUCAGUGACGAUAUGACAACGCAGAACACAGAGAUGGCGAAAAUGAUCAACCAAUUCAAAGUUCCUAAAACACCAGAAAUAGUGAACGCGAUUCAAGCUGGCACGGACGAAGUCCUGAACGCGGCUACGGUUACAAUCACUGCAAAUGCCGACGCCAGGCCACUGGAUCGCUCUGCGCCGAUAAAAGUCUGA